UACUAGAAAUAUGAAACAAUUAGAUAGUGGUCAAAUAAGUGCUGAUCUCUUAAAAACUCAGAUGAGUUUGUACAAAAAUCAUGAGGCCCUCUUUGAUGAUGAAUUUAUUGUAUCUACUGAUACAAUUACUAAUUGGUAG